CCCUCGUCCUCCGCUGAUGAGCAGCAUAACGGGGAGGAGCUCCCUUGUCGCGGGGCUCCUCCUUCACUGCCAGCGUUUUCUUUCACUUGCCCCCACACUCACACGCUCGCGUCUCCACCUCCCGCUACUUCUUGCAGCCUGUCUGAUCGAGGGGGAGAGAGGGAAGAUGAUGAAAAAGACGUAAAAGAGAGAAACGAGCGAGGGGGGAAAGGACAGGGGGGGGGCAUCUCAUAUUCCUACGAGCGGAAAAGGCGUCACACCGGGCGCGCAGCGCAGCGCGGAGGACACGGAAGAGAGCGAGAGACGCAUCACGAAGUGAGGGGUAGGAAAGACGGAGGGAGGAGGCGGCGGCAGCGGCUCGUAAACACGACAGAAAACGACGAAUAGGACGGCAGACAGCGGCGAUCACCCCCCGCCAGCCCCGCGUCCCUCCCCAUCGCUUCAUCUCCAUCCCUUUUCUGUGCCGUUCGGCUCAUCCCUUUGCGCACCAAAGCAGCUCGGUGCUUUCUAUUUCCUCUCUUCGUUUUAAUCUCCUCUGGACAAACCUCUGCUCGGUCGGUCGUAUAAUAAACAACCAGAGGCAAGCGAGGAGGCUUGUGCCAUCACUGCGACCGACAGGAUCCACUCUUAAGUCCUGCUCGGGACGAUCGUUGGCGUAACCGAUCGGCCAGAUAAAACCGGAGCGGGGGGUAAACACUGCGAGAUGACUGUAGAGUAGCCCGGCUACAGCAGAGAGAGAGACGUAGAGACCCCGGCCCCUGGUUAUCACCGAGACUCCAGCAUCACCUAUGCAAUGGCAUAACGGCUUCUGCAGCAGAACUACAAGACUAGAAUCAGAUCAGCAGGGCUCGCAUCCACCAUGAACCUCUGAAAGACAUCCGACACAGGCACAGAUGGGCAGCAUCGCAGGGGAGACCAAGGUUGCAACAGUAGGCUCGCAACGACAAGUGACAUGACCGCAGUGGAAUAAUUUCUACAAUCAUGUCUUGGCUUAGAGGUACCUGGGCGUCCUCGAUUCUACAGAAAACACCCACACGAUGCCUGCGGUUACUCUGUUUGAUGAAAAUGCGGCGGCACAGGGUGUUCUUGCUGUGCACGGUGGGCCUGUGCGUCAUCUCCUUCCUGCACUACUACAAGGCCCUCCACUACGUCUCCCUGCUGCGUGAGCUCUCUGCCCCGUACCCCAACAUCAAGUCCUUCAUUAUGGUCACCGGCUUCUUCUGGAGGGAGAAAGGUGUGGCCACUACACCCCUCAGCCCUGCCUCCCCUGAAGAGGCUCCUCCCCUACCAGUUCUCCGUCAGGGGGACAGCAAAGCUAUGAUUGGUCCUGUGGGAGGUGGAGGAGAGGGAGGAGGAGGAGGAGGGAUGGACAGUCUGGGAAUUGGGGGGGUCAUGGUUGGAGGUGCUGGAAUUGUUGGCAGCGCAGGGCUUGAGAUGAGGUUGAGGGAAGAGCCGGCGCCCCCUCAUCCUUGGGAGAAACCAGAGGAGAACCAGCGGGGAGACACUCCGAAUGAGGACGUAGCUGAAGACCAUUUGAAGCCGCGGAACCCCGGCCACCCAGGCCAACCUGGCGGGCCUGACCUCCCAGAGGUCCCAUUGGUGGGGAAAGAACACCGUGUGGUGUUACAAAAGGACAAAUUGUCAGACCCCUUAGAACUUAUGGGAGAUCUGCACACCCACACUCACCAUCUUCAAGAUGAUAAAACUCCUUACUUUGUCCGAACCAAAGCUGGAGCCCUUUGCUUCAGGCAGGGGACGGAAGUGGCUACUCCAAAGGAGUAUUCUGGGAAAUCAGGGGGGUCUGUGGCCAAUGCAGCUGGGGAAGAUGCUCGAGCUGGGCAACGGAAACCUCUGGAAGUCCAGCAGCAGCCCUCCAUUGCUCCAAAAGCCAGGGCCAGGGCAAGAGGCAGCGGGAAGCGGCUGGUCAAGUGUGUGUGUCGGCCGGGAUGGCACGGACCUUACUGUGGGGUUCCCACCAUGGUGUACCACUCCAAUCUGCCCACCAAGGAGCGGCUGACGCCCAGAGAGACCCCACGAAGAGUCAUCAACGCCAUCAACAUUAACCACGAGUUUGACCUGCUGCACGUACGCUUUCAUGAGCUCGCCCAAGCCGUCGAUUUGUUCCUCGUUUGUGAAUCAAACUUCACCGCCUAUGGAGAGAAACGGCCACUGACUUUCCUGCGGCUCCUCCUCAAUGGUACGUACGACUACAUUCGUCACAAGAUCAUGUACGUGUUCCUUGACCACUUCCCAGAGGGCGGCCGGCAGGACGGCUGGAUCGCUGAUGACUACCUGCGCACCUUCCUGACACGCAAUGGCAUGUCCAGGGUGGUGGGCGUGAGAUCGGACGACGUCUUUGUCAUCAACGACGCAGAUGAAAUCCCAGCACAUGAGGGCCUACUUUUCCUCAAGCUGUUUGAUGGCUGGACGGAGCCUUUCGCCAUCCACAUGCGCAAGUCACUGUAUGGAUUUUUCUGGAAGCAGUUUGGCUCUCUGGAGGUCGUGUCCGGCUGCACGGUUGGAAUGCUUCGCAGCGUCUACGAUGGCGACGGUAUCAAGCUGCGCCGCCGUGAAUACUACACCAUGCCGGGUUUCCGUAAGUAUGAGAACGACACAGGCCACAUCCUGGUGCAGUGGUCAGUGGGCAGCCCCUUCCAUUUCGCCGGGUGGCACUGCUCCUGGUGCUUCACGCCCGAGGGGAUCUAUUUCAAGCUGGUGUCGGCUCAGAACGGAGACUUCCCGCGGUGGGGCGACUAUGAGGACAAACGUGACCUGAACUACAUCCGUGAUCUGAUCAGGACAGGGGGCUGGUUCGACGGCUCCCUGCAGGAAUAUCCCCCUGUGGACCCCAAAGAGCACAUGUACGCCCCCAAGUACAUGCUGGAGAACUAUGACAGGUACCGCUACCUCCUGGAGAACCCUUACAGCAAAAUGUCCAGACUGAGUGAGGGCUAGGAGUGCAGCUAGAAAAGCAUAAGUGAAAUAACAAGCAGGCCUGAGUGAGGCCUCAGCACUGAGUUUUGGGGGGCAGAACGGUACUGAUGAACUACAUCUCUCAUUGGAGCGAUACUACACGUAUCAAGCAGCACUGAUGUUGCAGGGAUUUAAAAUCUCUUAAAAAAUCAUUAAUUUGGGGACAAAAAAGGGAACAUUAAAUCACAUCCACCAUGGAUUUAUGGAGAGAUUAUUGAAAGGACGCAACCACUGGAUAAACAGAAUCAUAGAUUUCCUCAUUCGUCCCUUUUCCGGGGAGCCAAGCUGUCUCUCUUUUUGUCACCCCGCCCCCGUCCUCCUUUUCUUCACCCGAGCCAAUACGCCUGCUGAGAGCAAGGGGCCGCUUCGAAGUUCAGAGAGGGAUAUUCUGCAGCCGUGUGAAACCUGUGGAGACAGGAAACUUGGAAGCGGAGGAUCUUUUUUUUUUUGUGGUUUCUGUCUGUGUUUACUAAAGUUUGUGGACUGAUGCUCCCACUUCACUCUCCACCUUCAGAUGUCUUCCUGUCAGAUUUGGUGACCUCCUUCCAGAAACAGAUGCAUAUUCAGAUGUUAUUCUUGGGUCUCAGUAGAAUAUUAAAAAUCCUAUUUAAACCCCGUCGGAGUACCCACUGCCAAAUGAAAAAGGAAUGACUUGAUGGAAAGUCAUUCAUGUACUCAUCCACAUGCACCUUAGACCUGUAUGUGUGCUUGUUAAAAACGAAGCAUGUGUGGUCUGUCUCUGUGUCAUAUUGUGAUUUUCUGGGCCGUGAAGGGAGGAAAAGAUCAGCGAGAGGAAACAAAGUGAGAAAGAAUCAUCAUGGGGGGGCAGGGAAGAAAGACAGCGAGAUGGGGAAAACAGCACAAGGGGGAUAGAAAGCAGGAAAGAACAGAAUAAUGAGGGAGGAAGAGAGCGGCGAUGAAAAGGAAGCUCUUCCGACGUUCCCUUUUCCCACAGCGUCUGCCGAUGCACGAGCGUUUCGGGGAUGAGUGUGCAGAAUAUGUGUGCUUCCCUCAGUGCUUACAGACGGCUCUGAAUAAAUCAUGCCCUGUCGAUGGCAUCCAAGACGGAUGAAACUCGCUUUCAUUGUUUGUCCGACGAGAACAAUCGAGACCAGUUGGGGAAAGAUCACCCCUCGGUUUUGUCUGUCUGUCUGUUCAGCAGCUGAGAUGACUUUGUUUCCUUGGAAACUAAAGUAUGUGAAACAGGAGACGGGAUGGGUGUUGCUAAGAUGAGUGGGUGGGUUCACAUCAGGCGAGGUCAGCUCCGACUGUAGGUCCUCUCGGUUAAAUAUUCCUCUUUCUCCGAAGCUGUCCGUCACCCGCUCUCUGAAAGUGAUUCCUGUAUUUCUUUCUCUUUGUAUGGGCUUUCUAUGUUUUUUCAUUCUUUUAUGUUACUUUCUUCUCAGUCCUCAUUAACAUUGCAUGUUUUUUUUUUUUUUACUCCCUUCAGUUAUGCUCCUUCUCUACAUGCUCCCUUCUCUGUCAAAAAAGUUAAAAUCUCCUCCUCUUCCUCCAACUUUCCUUCGCCCACACACAUGAUGGGUGUGUACGUACUUCCUGUUAAUCCUCAGAAGAAUGCCACGUUUCAGUAAUAGGGGUCUAUUUAAUCUUUUCUCUGCUCCUGUCUCAACAAGACGUUACAGGGCCCACAGGCCACUGACAUCUGAACAUUUAGGCAUGAGCGCUCAUGCUUCUUGCCUUCUCCCCGCUGUUGUUGAGGCUACAUGCCUAAACCUCCAUCCCUCAUUGCUUGGCAGACGUUGGUGACGUUCUGGACGUUUUGGCGAGCCCGCUUUUCGCUGUGGGUGCGGGUCCCGUGGGCUGGGUUACAUUUUCAUCAAGAGCAAAGGGAUGAUCGCAGCAGCGUUAACAAUGCUCAGGAGCAGUUGAGGAAAGAGGGAAGCUAAACAGGCAGCAGGCUAGGCUAACACAGAAAAGUCAUUGAUUUUUCUUUUAAUUGUAGAUUGAGUGAAUUCACCAUCUGCUACUUCAACACCUGUCUGGGCUUAACAGAUAAUGUUUAUCUCAGCUUAAGGCUAGACGCUCUUUCAAUAUGAACAGCUCCUUUCGAAAAAAAAAAAAGUUUUGGGGGAGUAAACUUGAAAAGUUGCUGUGGGGUAAGGAUAAGACUGAUGAUAUCUUAAAAACCUAAAGGCAAGAGUUUGAUGUUAUAGCUUUAUUUUCACACCAGCACUGUCGCGAUAGAGAAAGUCUUGAAUGCUCUUCUUUGGUUUCAAUUUAAUUAAAGUGUCCUUGAGUAAGAUGUUGAACUUUAACCCCCUGACUUAUCAUUUAGACCCUUUGCCCAACACUGUCAUGGAAACCCCUAAAAUGUACGACGACAGCCUCAAGUUAACGACAGAAUCUGUAAGAAGAGAUUUUGCAGAACUAGUCUGAGUCCUCUUUGUGGCUGUGAGCUCACAGUGG